UGGGAUUAUCCAAGACCAACUGUGAAGAAGAAGAUGAUAGAAGAUGCCUACGCCAGUGGGCAGGGUACGACGAUGACAAGCGUGACAAGGGAAAGUUUGGCGGCACCGAGGACGUCCAUAGCGAACUCGUACGAUGCCAGAGCACAGGCGACUCCAGGGUUGCCCCUCAUUCGCCCUUCAGCGAGUGACCCUGUGGCUGUGCCAAGUCAGCGAAGUGAAGCAGUACCCGUCAGAGUGAAAGAUUAUGGUCAGACAAGCGCAUCGGAUCCGAUUGCGGCACGAAAACCACCGAUGCUGGUAACCAGACAUGUUGAGACCACACAGACGAAUGAUUCAGCGGCUAUAGCGAGACCUCGCCCGGAACCACUGCAAAUGAUAUCCAGCCUAACCAGGUCUACUCAACCCCUGGCGAACCUACCGUCUUCCGUGAUUACUGUCCCUGCAAGCAGAAAAGAGACCGAAUAUGCUCUUACAGCUACAUCUGCCACCAACCCCCGCAAGCGGAAAGACUCAGAUCGCGAUCUGGACUCCCUUGCCUCGUUUCUAGCCACCAUCCAGCCUUCGCAAGAAGAUCGGAGAACCACGGAAGAGAUGAUCGUGGACUGCUUGAAGCAUGAAGGGUUUCCGCGGUUAGUAGAGACGGUGGCGAAGUGUCUGAGGGAGAAAGGGCUAUUGCCUGGACAGAGCUUGCAUGGUUAGUCGAGGAGGGAGGAAUGCGUGGGAGAAGAAGUAAUGCAUUGUGGGAAGGGCAGAAGGGAGGCGGGAUUUAUACAAGAACGACACAAUAGA